CGCCGGCUGGAGCAGCAACACGAAUGCGCCGAGCCCGGCACCGGCGAGCCCGCCCUCCCGGAUGACCCAUCUGGCGUCCAGUCUCCUAGCAACGACGCUAGACUCCUCCAACCGCUCUUGCCAUCCGCACGCGCCACCAUCUACCUACAAGCCCCCUGUAGGCGGCCAGUAAAGCCCCUAUACACCCCUCAAACUCCAGACCCUCCACUUCGAUUUACUUUCGUCUUCUAUGCCACCCCAACAAUUUGCUCUGAAUCAACCCCUUUCCUUUGUCCCCCAAUUCUCUGAGCUUCUCUAUCCUCAUACCAUCCUGGGGCUCCAUUCCUCCAUUCCCAGGGGCUGUCCAAGCUGCUCUGCUCCUCUUCGUUCAAAUCCCUCCCCAAGCCAGCAGCUUUUAGAUCAUGCCUGGAGAUAAGCCUGCCCAGAGUCCAGAGGAAGGCGGUGUGUGCAUUACUGAAGCCCUUAUCACUAAGCGGAAUUUGGCCUUCCCUGAGGAUGAGGACCUGUCAGAGAAAAUGUUCCACACGCUUGCUGAACUGCAGACUGUCCGCCUGGACCGGGAGGGAAUUACCACUAUCAGGAACCUAGAGGGCUUCCAGAAUCUUCACAGCCUCUAUCUGCAAGGGAAUAAGAUCGAGCGAAUUGAGAACCUGGCCUGCGUCCCCUCCUUACGCUUCCUGUCUCUGGCAGGAAACCGAAUCAGGCAGGUGGAAAACCUCCGCGACCUCCCACACCUCCAGUUUCUGGACCUUUCUGAGAACCUGAUAGAAAUACUGAAGCUGGAUGAAUUCCCCGAGAGCCUUCUCAUCCUCAACCUGACUGGAAACAGCUGCACCAACCAGGAGAGCUACAGGAGGCUGGUGACAGAAGCCCUGCCACUGCUCCUGGACCUAGACGGGCAGCCUGUGGCAGAGCGCUGGACCUCGGACGAGGAGGAUAAAGCCUCAAGCAAUGAGGACGAGGAGUUCCCAGAGCUGAGAGGCCCGUUUUGCUCAGAGCGAGGCUUCCUCAAGGAGCUGGAGCAGGAGACGAGCAGGCACCGGGAGCACAGGCAGCAGACAGCCCUGCUGGAGCACCUACUGAGGGUGGAGAUGCGGCCCGCCCUCACCGACCUCCCACCGCUGCCAGGAGCACCCAUGGCCGGGAACAGCAGCCCUUCCGUCCCUCCCAGGCAAGGGAAGGAGACGUCCCCGGAGCCCGUCUCCUUGCCACAAGCCUCCUCUGCCACCAAGAAACCAUGCCUUCCGGCUUCCAGGAGCCAGCAAAGCACUGUUCAGGCAGGGAAGGGGGCCAGAGGGGCCGCAGCUGCCAAGGCCUCGCCGGCUGGGGCCCCCAGCACGACCAAAACCGUGACCAAAAAAAUCAAGAAGUGAAGCGCAGCCCAUUGCUACCAGCAAAGCCCCAGGAACACGGACGAACGAAGAGUGGAGUGGGUCUCCCCUCCCCCUCAGAGCCCUCGCCUGUGACAGGAGCCUGCCCCCAGUAAAGUAUCCCCAGGCCCUG